AUGAUAUUCCCAGUAGUUGAUUUGACUAAUCCAAUCCCCUAUUCAGACGAGAUUCAUGACGUCUUGAGUUCUUUGAACUGCAUUGGGACAACCGUGUUUUUUAUCGAUAGUAUUGAUGAUUUGAGCGUUCUCAUUGAGGUUAGAGAUCGAUAUCAUAUAAGAGAUUAUUGGAUAUUCCCUCAACGCGAGGAUACUCUAGACGUACGUAGUUUAAUUAAAUUACUCGAUGAUGGAGCAACAAAAGUUGUGCUUUCUUUAGAGUUUAUACUAAAAAAGCUUCGAAUCGACGAUAUUCCGGCCGAGAGAUUGGUAGCAAGUUUGACACUGAAUUCCGCUUCACCUGAGCUAACUGAUGCUUCAUCCGAAAGAGUUUCUGCAUACCUAAUCAUACCGUCUACUAACUACAACAACAGCAGUAUAUUGUCAAUAUUUGACUCAAUCUUGGACCAAGUGUCCGUUUUGAUUAAACAUGUCCAAAAGCAUCCACUUCCCUCUGGUGGCCGGAAGGAUGUUGGGAUGAUUUUACCCCCAUCAAUUAAACCGGAGUUGGAACUUAUCAAACAAUUGUCUGACCUUAAUGGUCGAUUUCUGGUCUCGGUUGAUGCAUUAACAUUAAAAGAACCUGACAAGACCACAAAGAUCAACAUUGCUGAUGCUUUUACUUGUUCAUUGACAUCAGAUCGAGCCGAUGGAUUGUUUACAACAGUUGUAGUUGAUGAACAAGGUAUUGCAUUAGGUUUAGUCUAUUCAUCGCGAGAAAGUGUAAGAGAAGCUAUAAGAACUAAGAAAGGAGUAUAUCAGAGUAGGAAGAGAGGACUCUGGUACAAGGGUGCCACCUCUGGUGCCGUUCAGAAUUUAAAGAGUAUUGAUAUUGACUGUGAUGAGGAUGCUCUGAGAUUCGUAGUUGAGCAACUCGGAAGUGGUUUCUGUCAUUUUAAUACGAAUACAUGCUUUGGUCGUUACAACGGCUUGAAGGCACUCGAGAAAACGCUUCAAAGUCGCAAAGUAUCGGCCCCGCCUGGAUCAUACACUCAAAAAUUAUUCCAAAAGCCUGAUCUUCUCAGGUCUAAAAUAAUGGAGGAAGCUGAUGAGUUGUGUUCGGCAACCAGUAAGGAAAAUAUAGCAUGGGAGGCGGCAGAUCUUAUUUAUUUCGCACUGACGAAAUGCAUCGCUAAUGAUGUGACGUUAGCUGAUAUAGAAGAACAGUUGAACAAGCGUGCUCUGAAGAUAACGCGUAGACCGGGAAAUGCUAAGACACAGCGGGAUGUGACUAAGCCAGAUGGUGAUAAUAAUGACAAGAACGUCUUAUUGAAUGCCAAUAACUCGACCGAUAGUAGUGAUAAGCAAGUAGACGAAAGAGCCAGUGAGAAAAUAGGAGCAGAAGGAAUUAUAAAAAUGCAGAAAUAUGACUUGUCAGAGAUCACACCUGAGAAGAGGUCAUCGUUACUACUGCGUCCUAUAAUCAAGUCCGACGAAAUAUUGGAACGUGUUCGACCUAUUGUUGAUGAUGUGCGAAAAAAAGGAGACGUUGCCCUUCUCGAUUUAACUGCAAAAUAUGAUGGAAUACGUCUUCAGUCUCCAGUUUUAGCAUCGCCUUUCCCACCAGAAUUGAUGUCUGUUGACGAUGCUACUAAAUCUGCCAUAGAUCAAGCAUUCGAUAAUAUCCUCAAAUUUCACGAAGCGCAAUAUGAUAGAUCGACCUUGGUAGUGAGUACUAUGCCAGGGGUAACCUGUUAUAGAUUCAGUCGCCCAAUUAAGAGUGUUGGUCUGUAUGUUCCAGGAGGGACAGCUGUGUUGCCAUCUACGGCUUUGAUGUUAGGAAUACCAGCGAUGGUGGCUGGAUGUAAAGAAAUUGUACUGGCAUGCCCCCCGCGUAAGGAUGGGAGUGUUGCUCCCGAGGUGUUAUAUGUUGCUCAUAAAGUAGGGGCUACAAAGGUGUUGUUAGCUGGUGGUGCGCAGGCCGUGGCCGCCAUGGCAUAUGGGACCGAGAGUGUGCCAAAGGUAGACAAGAUCUGCGGUCCGGGUAAUCAAUAUGUGACGGCUGCCAAGAUGCUUACUCAGAAUGAUAGUUCUGCAAUGAUAUCUAUUGAUAUGCCGGCUGGUCCAUCCGAGUUAUUAGUGAUCGCUGAUGAGUCUAGUGUUCCCGCUUAUGUUGCAUCAGAUCUACUUUCGCAAGCCGAACAUGGCGAAGACUCGCAGGUUGUGCUUGUUGCGGUAUCACUUUCGUUAAGUCAACUUGAAGAAAUCGAAAAGGAAAUCCACAAACAGGCUUCUUGCCUGCCGCGUGUUGGUAUAGUUAGACAGUCUAUUCCAAAAAGCUUUAUUUUGAAUGUGGCGAAUAUGAGUGAUGCUCUUAAAUUCUCCAACGAUUAUGCGCCUGAACAUUUGAUAUUACAUGUGGAAGAUGCGGAUUCAUGGGUUAACGAAAUAGACAAUGCUGGAAGCAUAUUCUUGGGGUCUUACUCUCCCGAAAGUUGUGGCGAUUAUGCUUCCGGAACUAACCAUACGCUACCCACUUAUGGAUAUGCUCGAAUGUAUUCUGGUGUGAACACACAGACAUUCUUGAAGCAUAUGACAGCACAGAAAUUAACAAUGGAUGGAUUAGAUAAAAUAGGCGAUACCGUCAUGAGAUUAGCCGAAAUCGAAGGAUUAGAAGCCCAUAGGAAUGCUGUGGCUAUUAGAGUAAAGGAUAUUCGAAAUACAAAUUAG